CCUCUGAGUGAGGUAGACUAUUUCUCCAACAGGGUCGAACUAGAUACGAAAAUCAAAGAUAAUUUAUAUUUUCUCGGUUAGAGUAAUGCGCGGUUAAGACAACACAGGCGACCGACCGGAGGACGAGCAGCAUGGCAUCUCCGCAACACUACAGAGACUCUGCACAUGACAUUGCCAAUGUGAUGCAGAGGCUGCAAGAUGAGCAAGAGGCUGUGCAGAAACGGACGUUCACCAAAUGGAUCAAUUCCCACUUGGCAAAGAGUGUCCCACCUCUGGUCGUGAGUGAUCUGUUUGAGGAUAUCAAGGAUGGUGUCAAGCUGCUUGCCCUGCUAGAAGUCCUCUCUGGACAAAAACUGCAACGUGAGCAGGGCAAGAAGCUAAAGAGGAUCCACUGGCUUGCAAACAUUGGUACUGCUCUCAACUUCCUUGAGGGAAGGAAGUCUGCCUACAGGGGAUCACCGAUCAAGCUGGUGAACAUCAACUCCACAGAUAUUGUUGAUGGUCGACCGUCAAUUGUUCUGGGCCUGGUGUGGACCAUCAUCCUAUAUUUCCAGAUUGAGGAGCUAACCAGCAGUCUACAAGCAACCUACGCCUCACCCCGCAGCUCCUCGUCACUGGAUAGCUCUGCCAGUAGCAAUGAUACCACCAGCCCGCCCCUUAAGAAGAAGCCUCCGCUGCCCCUGCAGGGGGGUGCCAGGAAGGCCUUGCUCAGAUGGGUCCAACAGACAGCAACAAAACAUCUGGAAAUCGAGGUGAUAGACUUUGGCCCUAGCUGGCGUACAGGUUUAGCCUUCUUUGCCAUCCUCAAUGCCCUCCGGCCCAAUGUGGUGGACAUGGAACGAGUAAAGAUGAGACCCAACCGAGAAAAUCUGCAGGAAGCUUUUUUAUUAGCUGAGACACAGUUAGGCAUAGCGCAGCUCCUCGAUCCUGAGGACGUAGACGUGGACAAGCCGGACGAGAAAUCCAUCAUGACAUACGUGGCCCAGUUCCUGAAGCAUCAUCCUGAGCGAGAGCAGAGCGCCUCUGAUGGACAGGCAGCAGCAGCUAAAGAAGGAGAAGAAGAUGAGGAGGCGUCUGUCACACAGCAUGGUCUCGCUCCUCGCGAUAUAGAGGAAAUGUUGGAGCGAGAGCAGAGAAAAAGCCUGAGGGAGUUCAAAAUGUGGCUGGACCAGCUGGAAACUGACGCACUACACGCCCAGGAGACCAAUAGCAAUAUCUCUCAGCAGUACCAGUUGUUCAAGAGUCUGCGUGUCCAGCUGGAGAUGAAGAGAAAGCAGGUGGAGGAUUCCUUAAAGUCUACGCAGAAGGACGGGAUGCUGACAGUGGAUCAGGCUCUGGUUAAGCAGGCUUGGGAAAGGCUCUCAAACAAGCUGCUGGAUUGGCACCUGCUGCUGGACACAUCCCUGCCUGCUCCUCUGGAUGCACUGGGGGCCUGGCUGCACCAUACUGAGAGAACUCUGCGACAAGAACUCACCACCCAAAAAACAAAUGAUGAAGACAUCCACAGAGCUUUGGAACAACACAAGGACAUCUUGAAGAGCCUAGAAGAUCAUCAGCUGGUCUUUCAGAGGAUCCAUAAGGACAGAAGUAUUGCCGGUGUCCCGAUUCCACCGGAACAGCUCCAAGACAUAGCUGAGAGGCUCAAUUUUAUGGCCACAUCUUGUUGCGUCCAUUUGGCCAAGAUGGAAUUCUUGGAAACCAAAUACCACAUGCAGGCUUUUCUCACCGAGGCAGAGUCUAAGCUCAAGUCCUGGAUCAUCAAAUAUGGCACACAAGAAUCUGUGGAACUGAUGCUUCGUGAUUACAUUGUUUUUGUGGAGAAACAAUAUUUCUUUGAAAAUUACAACACUUUGUUCGAGUCCCUGAAAUGUGCUGCUGAGGUUUACACUAGCGCUGACAGUUCAGCCAACGAGGAAGAGAUAGGGGUGUCUCAGUUCGUGCGGGACGUGGCAGCCCUGUGGAGGAGCCUGUCCAUGGAAGUGCGCAGUGUGAGGAGCAUGCUGGAAGAGGUGCUUUCCAACUGGGACAGGUACAGCUCCACGGUAGCCUCUUUCCAAACCUGGCUGGAGGACGCAGAGGAAGCCGUGACCCAGCCAGAAAACAUGAAGCAGGAGUUUUUCAAGAAUCUCAGCUACUGGAUAGAACAGCACGCUGCCAUGAACGAUGCUGGGAAUUUUCUCAUUGAAACAUGCGACGAGACCAUGUCAUUCGAUCUAAAGCAGCAGCUGUUUAUCUUGAAUGGGCGAUGGAGAGAACUCUUCUUUAAGGUCAAACAGCUCUCCCGAGCUGAUGAGUUGGUGAAGUGGAGGAAAGACCAUCUAGGGGCGAUGUCGUCUUUAAAAGAGCUUUUGGGCGCAGCAGAGGCAAAGCUCAGUGCUCCUGUCCAUGUGUCUUUCCUCAGUGUUCGAGCCUUUCUGCAGGAUGUGGAGAAUACCAAGCAAAAGGUUGUUGCCAUGGAGACUCAAUACAAGCUGGCCGGCCGCAGCGCUCAGCUGCUUGCAAAGGAUGCACCACACGACAAGGCCACCCGGGUCAUCGCAGCCAUGACAACAGCUAAGAGUCAGCUGAGUCGAGUUAGAGAGCGAUGUCCCAUCUUUUUGAGGGAAUGUCAUGCUCUUCUGCCAUUGUUGGAGGAGAUGGACAAACACAUCUCUGCUUUUUAUCAAGCACUGGAGCAGGCCAGUCAGAUUACUGCCAGAGAUGCAGACACACAGAGCCCAACCAUGCACAGACACAAGUGGCAGGAUUUGUUACAGCAGCAGCAGAGCUGUAAGCGAUGUCUGUCGGUGAUCGAGAGGAACUACCACACGGUGCAGAGGGCGCUCUCCAACAGUAAGGUGCUUCAGCACUUUGACACAAGCCUGCUGCAGAAGACAGUUGCUGAUCUACAAGGCUCAGCACAGGCUCUGCUGAAAGAGGUCGGUGAAUGGAGAAGGCAGCAAGAGGCCAACAGCUCCCUGAGGAGGAGGUUUGAGGAAUCCCGACAAGAUCUGGAGAGAGUGCUACAGACAGCCCAGGAGUGUUUGGGAGAGAGCGGAGACGCCGAGGAACUACUGAAGGCGCACACAGAUUUUUUCAGCCAACUGGAUCAGCGCGUGCUGAGCGUCUUUUUGAAGGCAUGUGACGAGUUGACCGACAUCCUACCAGAAGAAGAGCAACAGGGGCUACAAGAGACAGUCCGCAGGCUGCACAAGUACUGGAAGGUUGCAGAAGCCGAUCAGGCAGCAUUCAGGUAA